AUGUUUGAAUUUUUGAAUGCGUCAAUCAUCACAUCUACGCUAAGUGUUUUGAUCGGCUCUUUGGUCCUUUACUAUUUUCACAAAAACCUUUCAGAGAGAAUUUUGAAUAACUUCCAAGCCAACGACCCAUGGACGCCAGAGAAUGAGCUAGUCCUCUUGACUGGUGGAAGUGGAGGCAUCGGCAAACAAAUCAUGGAAGAUCUCUCUCGCAAGAACGUACGGGUCGUGAUCCUCGAUAUCAACCGGCCGACUUUUGAGCUUCCAAACAACGUCACAUUUUACCAAACAGAUAUAACCUCUACGAGGCAUCUUUCCGAAACGGGCGCUGCUAUUAGAAAGUCACACGGAGAGCCGACUGUUAUCGUGAACAAUGCUGCUGUUUUCUACCAUGGGACCAUCCUCGAGACACCAGAGGAGAAAUUGCGUCAGACAUUUGAUGUUAACAUCAUCUCUCAUUUCCUCAUCUUGAAAGAAUUUCUUCCGUACAUGGUCCGUAUGAACCGUGGGCAUGUCAUUACAGUAGCGAGCGUUGCAAGCUUUAUUACUAUAGGCGAGAUGGUGAAUUAUGCUUGUUCAAAGGCUGGCGCUCUUGCUUUCCAGGAAGGCCUUAGACAAGAGCUGAAAUUUUGGUACAAGGCUCCGAACGUACGGACAAGUUCCAUUCACCCCCUUUGGGUUCGAACUCCCAUGAUCGAAGGCUUUACUAAAUACCAAGCUGAUUUCGGGCAACCACUUUUGGAUCCAAAGGAAGUCUCCGAGGCAGUAGUAAAACAUAUCGUUACUCGGAAAAGUGGGCAAAGCAUCGUGCCCAGGCAUGCGUCGGCGGUGGGUUCCCUUAGGGCCUUCCCCCUGUGGUUACAAGAGGCAAUUCGGUCGUACUUCUCGAGAAUAGUCCUUCGAGUGAGUAUCAAGCGCAUUGCGGAUGAAGAUUCUGGCCAGCGUGUUUCUUGA